UUGUAUGCAUCGAGGCCACAACAGACCGCCCCAUGGUCGCUCCCGUCUGAAUAAUUGCGCUGAACUUUCGUUCUCCCUUCGUUCUUUGGAUAUUGGAUCAGAUAAUACAAGCUCAAUCAAUCGAAGGAAACCCCAAUCCUCCCAUGGCGGAGGUUCGCGAGCGUCUCCUUCCCCCACGGCGGAUUUCAUCCGCUACAUCUAUCACUCACAACGACGCCCACUCCACCGCCGCCGUCCGUCGGCCUUUGUUCCAGGGCAUGGAUGUUCCGUGGUUAAAGAAGCGAGGGCAGGGCCUACGUUCGUGGAUCCGGGUUGAUGCGGCUACCGGUGGAUCGCAGGUGAUCGAGGUGGAUAAGUUUUCGAUGAUGCGGCGGUGUGAUCUGCCGGCGCGGGACCUUCGUUUGCUCGACCCACUCUUCUUGUAUCCCUCGACGAUCCUGGGGCGGGAAAAGGCCAUCGUCGUAAAUCUGGAGCAGAUUCGCUGUAUCAUCACCGCAGAUGAAGUCCUCCUUCUAAAUUCCCUCGACAGUUACGUUCUGCAGUAUGUCAACGAGUUGCAGCGUCGCCUCGCCGCGCAUUCCGGUGAUGGCUUUCAUGGAUGGUCUACUUCGCCGGACUACCUCCCUUUCGAGUUCCGUGCGCUAGAAGUCGCGCUUGAGGCCGCCUGCACGUUCCUUGAUACCCAGGCUGGUGAACUUGAAACUGAAGCAUACCCUUUGUUAGAUGAGUUAACAUCAAAGAUCAGUACUCUCAACUUGGAGAGAGUACGCCGUCUCAAAAGCAGACUUGUUGCAUUAACUAGGAGAGUUCAGAAGGUUAGGGAUGAGAUAGAGCAGCUAAUGGAUGAUGAUGGUGAUAUGGCUGAAAUGUAUCUUACAGAGAAGAAAAGUCGAUUGGAAGCCUCUUUCUUUGGUGAUCAGUCUUUACUUGGAUACAGUUCUACUGGUGCCGGCCUAUCGGUUUCUGCUCCAGUUUCUCCUGUUUCUUCUCCAACUAAUUCGCGGAAACUUGAGAAGGCAGUAAGCCUUUCUCGUAGCAGGCAUGAUAGUAUGAAGAGCUCUGAAAGCGAAAAAGAGAAUAUAGAGGGGUUAGAAAUGUUGUUGGAGGCUUAUUUUGUCGUUAUUGACAACACACUAAAUAAGCUUACUUCUCUGAAAGAGUAUAUUGAUGACACAGAAGAUUUCAUCAAUAUUCAGCUUGACAAUGUUAGAAAUCAGCUGAUCCAAUUUGAGCUGCUGCUCACUACUGGAACAUUUGUCGUCGCUAUCUUUGGGGUUGUUGCCGGAGUUUUUGGUAUGAACUUCGCCAUACCGUUGUUUGACAAUCCAAUUGCAUUUCAGUGGGUACUCGUUGUUACUGGAAUUUGCGGCAUCAUCAUCUUCUGUGGCUUCUUGUGGUAUUUCAAACACAGAAGACUAAUUCCUUUGUAGAAACACUGAUUUUUAAUUCUGCAUCAAAGCAGAUCUACCAAUUCAGUAAGAGGCAUCCUUUUUUGGCUUCCAUCAAUGUAUCAUCAUUCUUUUUAGCUUGUUACUGUUGUAAGUAAUGCCUUAAUAAUGCAUUAUAUGCUUUAUUAUGUGGCUGCUUGCAUUUCUAGCUCCUUUAUUUUAGCUUAGAUGCAUAUAUUAAAAGUGAUUUAUGCAUAGAGAUGCAUGUUUUUUUAGCUAGAAAUGUUAUUCAGGGACG